AUGGAACAAUUAGUUCAGUGGUCAUAUGAUCGAUAUACCAACAUUGAAUUGGUCGACGGGGAAGAGGAGGAAAAGGAAGAAGACACAUAUCGAGUGCAUCCUCAUGAUAUUAUGCGAGCCAAUCAAUUAGCUGGUCCUUUAUUGCUGAAAAUUGUCUCUGGCGAGAUGCUACUGGAGGACGAUCUGGACGAUGAAAGGAGUAACAGAGCCGCUAGGUUGUUAGCGCAUUUAUCUGGUCGAGGAGGUUUUAAGACGUGGGGUGCGGCACCCUUAUUAGCCAAAAAAUUAUUACAACAGAAUAUCAUUCCUGAUAUUGCGUCAAGAGAUAUUUUGGAGUUGGGAACUGGUACCGGCAUGGUUGGCUUGGUAUGCGACAAAAUGGGAGCCCAAAGCGUUCAAGUGACGGAUUACCAUCCCAGUGUUCUCGAAAAUGUUGCCGUGAACGUUGCUUUAAAUGAAGCCAAAGCCACGGUAUCCAAGCUUGAUUUUGUGGAAGUAGCCAACAGUCAAGCCCCUGAAUGGAUUGCAAAGCGGUUCGAUAUUGUUAUUGCAAGCGAUUUGCUAUACGAAAUGGAGCAUGCCGAGAAUUUGCCAGUUGCCGUUGACAUGCUGAUGGAAAACGAAUUUUAUUUUAUGAUCCCUUUGCGAGAUACCCAUUGGCCAGAAGUUCAUCGAUUUGAAGAAAAAAUGGAGCAGCUGGGUUUGCAGCAACGAUUAUGCAUAGACUCAGAGAGACAGGAGGAGGAAGGCAUUGUGCGUUAUCGAUAUUACGAAUAUACACGGCUACCGUAA